AUGAAAACCAUCAGCCACCACCACCACCACCACCACAACUACGAAUCACCACCAUCAUCACCACCAUCAUCACCACCAUCAUCACCACCAUCAUCACCACCAUCAUCACCACGAACUCAUCGACUCACUCACAUCCAUCAUCAUCAUCAUUGGACAGUCCAUCACAACAACUAUUUCCAAAAGAAAAGAAGAAAUCAUCCAUCAUCAUUCUCAUCACUUUCAUCAUUCAUUGGUUGUUUAUAUUUCAUUCUAUUCUUGUGCAACAGUGUUGUUGUUGUUGGAUUGAACAUUUUGAAUCAAAAGUACUCGAGUACCACUCCUAAAAGAUCACUAACCAUUCCGAAUAAUUCUCACUCUAUUCAAGACAAUAAUUUCAUUCCCAUCAGUAAUAACAUUCCAAUCAAUGAUCAUGUCAAUAAUGAUGUGAAAUAUUAUAAAUCUAAUUUUGUGAUUGUAUCCACACCACCUUCAACAAUUAUUGGAUAUAUUAAAUUAUCACCUUGUAUUAAAUAUUUAAAUAUUCCAAUGACACUCUAUGUGAAUGUAGUAAAAGUAGUCACAUUUCAUGAAAACAGUAUAAAAGUAUCUCAUCAAAAAAGUAUAAAAGUAUCUCAUCAAAAAAGUAUAUUUAAUCAUUCAAUACCAGAUUUGAAAACAUCAUCCUUCACUCCUCAACAACAACUCAAUCAAUAUCCCAUUCUCAUUCAUUCCAUUUCAGAUUCUAUUUAUUAUUCCAUUGAUUUAAAAGAUUUUUUUCAUGAUUAUUCUUCGACUCAAUCGAAUCAUUUCAUUAUUUACAUGGCAGUAAAAACACUUCAAUAUCAAAAUUAUGAAUUAACACUCUCUACUCAAUCCAUUAUUUUAGAUAAUGAAUUACCGAUUCGAAAUAAGAAAUUAUCCUAUCAUUUAUUUAAACAAUACUUGUCUAAGAGUAGUAGUGAUGAUCAUCAUAAUAUUACCAUAGAUAGUAAUAAUACUAAAAUCAAUACCAAUCCUCAACACAGUAAUGUCAUGACACAAAUAAUACCACCAACACAAUCAUCACUACCACUCUAUCGAUAUGGUAUUCAAUUACAAUGGUAUCCUCCAUCUUCAAAUAUUUUAACAUUUAAAUACAAGGUUUAUUUUAGUACAACGAAUAGUAUUUGUAAUUUAGAUACAUUGUGUGGAAUGUUAUCUGGAAAUUGUAAAGAAUUGAGUGGAUCUGAAUUUUAUUCCUAUGCCUUGUAUGAGAAUACAGAUUACUACAAUCAAACAUUCUUUUUACCUUUAAAUUUUGAUGAUACAGAAAUUGCACAUUUAGAUAUCAAUAUUGUGGUGUUAGAUUCAAGUAAAUUUGGAUUAGCCAAUCAAUAUGGAUUAUACAAUUCGACACAAUAUGAUGCACGACAUUCCAAUAAUACUAAUUACACCAAUUUGAUUAUAUUUUUAGUAUUCAUUGUGACCAUUCCAACAUUUAUUUUGAUAUUAUUUGCAUCGUGUUUGGGAGUUUAUUUUUGUCAAAAGAAACGAAAUAGUGAUGAUGUUCAGUCCAAUUCACUGAUUUCUUCUUCAUUGAAUCAUUAUCAGCAGAAUUAUGGAGGGGAUGGCGACACUUCUGAAAUCAUUCCAAAAAAGAAAAAAGAGACCAAUGAAAUUGAUCGAUAUCAAUACAAUGUCGUGUAUUAA